CUGUUUGGGCCGGUGGACCACCAGCAGCUUUAUCUGGACGCCCAGCGCCUGCUGCGUUUGGGCCUGGAGGCCGCCGCCCGCCGCUGGAACUUCGACUUCCUCACGGAGGCGCCGGGCGCCGCCGGCAACCCCGAGUGGGAGGAGCUUAGCGCCCGGGACGUGCCGGCGUUCUACCGCAGCCGGGCGGCGCCGGGCGGGGCCCCGGGGGGGGGGGGCGGCGCCCGCCAAGGACGCCAGGCGGACGUCCACCUCGUCGGGCGAGGAAUCGCCCACAUUAAGGAGCUGCUGGUUUCACUCCGGAUGAGAGUUACAGAAGACGAGAGGUCAGAGGUCGUCUCCGUGGCAACCAGCUGA